AUGUCGUCCCCGGAAGACCUCGCUGAAAAGUUCGGCGAACUCCCCGAUGAAGUCAUGGCUGAGCUACAGAAUAUGUUGCGAAUAUACAAUAUCGAUGCUGAAGAUCUAUUCUUCAAAUGGGAAGAAUACUGUUUGAAAAUGGGCGAAGACAUCAAGCUCAACUUGAAGAAUAUCACUACCUUCAAAGAUGAUGCGCGCGAACAAUUUGAAAUCGAAAUGAGGGCCAAAUCGAAGUCUGCACAAGCUCCGGCAGCAAGAGGGGUGCAGAGGACGGCAAAGAGCACUGGCGAUGUCUUUAAUAUGUUGGACGGCUUGACGCCUGCUACCCCCAGGUCGGCAGGACCCAGUGCAGCAAAACGGAAACUUGAAAAGGCGGGGUAUGAAACACCGCUUGCUGAAAGGACAAGUAAACUAGCUGUAGGAUCGUCGCCAGUCGGUCCUGGACCAGGAUUCAGAACCCCUGGAGCUAUAACUUCAGUACCCUUCCGCAACCGCCCAGAUCCUGGCAAGGUUAUGGAAGUCUAUAAUCCUAACAUAGAAAUACCUGAGCUGCCACUCCCAGGCUACCCAGGCUAUGAGUCCAGAGUACAAUUUGCGGCCCUGAUCCAAGCAAAAAACUUUGGAUACAAACCCAUGUACCAAAAACUCGUCGCGGGCUCUCAAGUUCUCGAUGACCGAAUUGAAGAAUACGCAGUAGCGAUCCAGAAAGAGCACAACAUACCAAACGAGGACUUCUGCAACCCCUGCUCGAAGCUACCCGAAGAAGUAGUCGUUGUUGGAAGAAUCGUUACCGACGUGAUGGAAUCGCAAAAAAGGAGUAAUGAGGCGAGUUUACUGCUCGAGGCAUCCCGAGGAGAUGGAGAGGGAGGAAGAGUUAGGCUGGACCUUAGUGCGCUCAAGGGAUAUGCAUUCUAUCCUGGAAUGACUGUCGCUUUCAAAGCAAUGAACCCGACGGCCGAUAAAUUACUUGUUAAAUCGGUAUUAACCCCGCCAACAUACUUUGGCGCCGGCUCUAAACCUAGCGACAUGGAAGAAGAAUUUCGGAAACUCGCAGCUGGGAACUUCAAUGUCUUCAUUGCGGCUGGCCCGUAUACUACCGAUGACAACCUAGAUUUUGAAGGAUUAACAGAGUUAGUCGACAAGAUUGUAGAGACCGAACCAGACGCAGUAUUCUUGUCGGGUCCGUUUAUCGACACCGAACAUCCAAAAGUCAAACUUGGGGAUUUCCCCGUUGAUAUGAAUAACUUCUCAGGAUAUGUCCUUGAAGACUUGUUCAAGGAAAAAAUCACGUCACAGCUUAAUAGGAUCACGAAAAGUAUGGUUCUUUUAGUGCCAAGUACGAGGGAUGCUGUUUCCAAACACGUAUCGUUCCCGCAGGAUCGUUUUCAGAGAAAGCUAUUGGGAUUACAACCAAAUGUUCAAUUACUCACUAACCCUUGCAUGAUCGCCCUCAAUGAAAUACAAUUUGGAAUCUCCAGCGCCGAUAUUCUUUUCCACCUCAAUAUGCAGGAAGUCAAAGCUUCAGGAAAGGGGAUUGAAAUGAAUACAUUCCAUCGAUUGGCCAACUACGUCAUCUCGUCGAGUCACUUUUAUCCUUUGUUCCCCGCGCCUGAAGCCUCGCAGGUCGGGUAUACCACCCCGGUAGAUUUACAAUGGAUGCGACUGGCCGAAUUCCCUGGAAAUAUCAAGCCAGAUGUGUUGAUUCUAUCCAGUAAAUUACCUGGAACUGUUAAGGUUGUCAAUGGAGUUGUUACCAUCAAUCCGGGUUUCAUGAGUACGACGAGAACGGCAGGGACUUAUGCAUUUAUGACUGUAGAGCCUCCGACGAAGAUACUAGAGGAAGAAAAUAUUGUACCCCCGCCUGAUGAUGAAUUUACGCUGAAGCACAGGAUAUAUAAUCGUGCGAGGGUGGAGAUUCGACGGAUAUAG